AUGGAUGGUGUACAUCCAAACCGAACAUUGAGUGAAUACUUGGUUCUUCAGGAAAACAUGGCGAUAUCUGGUGUUUACUGUCUCCUCAUACUGAUAUCUUCAGGAGAAUUAGUUCGGUGCCUGAUAGUCAAGUCUGGAUCUGGAAGUUGGGAAACUACCAGAGCGUCUUGUCAACUCAUUAACUCCAGUAUCUUAUGUGACGAUGUUUCGGACGAUACUUGUAACCUAAAGAGUGGACUCGGCAUACCGUUGUUCGAAACGUUUUGGAUAGGGGCUUACGUUUAUGCAACUACAAUAAUUUCAUAUAAAGGAUGCAAGCAACUUCCGGAUCAAGCUAUUCGAGUUUUUACCCCUAUAAAUAUGACAUUGAAAGACUGUAUAGAGGAAUGUAAUAAUGAAUACCAAAAUGACAACACAAGGGAUACCAUUGGGCUUCACAAUGAUACUUGCUAUUGUACAACUCGUAACAGACAAUUAUCAAAUGAGUCUGCCUGUAAAAUUCCCUGUUCUGCCGACUCAGAUGUAACUUGUGGCGGUCAACAGGCAAUGUCUACAUACGAGUUUACCUCGGUUCUCAGCACACAGAAAAGCGGUCGCCUGUCGUUUACACCUGUAUGUGGAAUAUGGAAUAACAGAUUUAUAAGCUGCCAGGAUCAGCGAGUGGCAGCUUGUAAAAAUGAUAUGAAUUCUACAAGGACCAUGUCUUGGCUGGAAGCCAACAAAUGGUGUCAGGACAGUAAGUCCCGGCUUACUACAGCUUCGAUAUCUGAAACGUUUCCGGCCAACAAAGAACCCUGGAUUAACUUCAUCAAGCACCGGUUUAUCAAAUGGACAGACGAAGAAGUUCCUGAUGUGACCACCCGUUGUGUAUCGCUGACGUGUGAUAGCGUGAAGUGUUCUUUCUCUUCUGAAAAUUGCACAAAACAGCUUUCAGGAUUGUGCUGGAAUACACAAAGUGACAACAUACCGAGGCAGGAUUCGUCAAAUAUACCUACUCCAUCUACAAGUCCUCGUGUGGCGCCAUCACAGCCACCUUGGCCUACUCCUACCAUGAAAGAAAACUCUUCAUUCUCACCUGCAAUUGGUGUACCCCAAAACGAGGACAAUAGUAGCGACGGAAUGCUAGUGUACAUCCUGGUGGCUAUCGCUGCAGUGGUAGUAGUCAUGUUUACAAUCAUACUCGUCUUAUUAGUAUGUCGAAGAAGGAAAAUAAAUCAUGGUCGGUCAAGCCCCAAAUCGAACUCUCAGAAUAUAGAGGAACCAGCGAAACCCCUAAUGGAGCAGUCGAUCCACGAGCACAGAGGCAGUUACGACUACGUUAAAUUCCAACCCGAGUACGAUAAGGUUACAGAACUUACAGACACCAAAAAUACCAGAAGUGGCGAUUACGAUAGAAUCCAAAGUUUCGCGCUAUGCGAUACACCGGAAGUUGAUGACAAUGCUCCUGAAACAGAACGGGACAGUGAACAUUACGAUUUGCUAAGGACCUCUAAGCGGCCACAAAGAGAAAUAGACAGUACAUAUGACCACAUACCUGCAGAAACAGAGGAAGACAAUUACAAUGUUUUACAAUCUCAAGAGGAUUUGAAUAAAGACGAUAUUGGAGAUUUUAUGUAUGACGUCACUUCCGCUAUAAAUGGUUUAGGCAAUUAUGACACAUUCAAAGAUAAGAAGAAUAAUGAUGAUGUGAAUAUGGAGUAUGACACAGCAGAAUCAGUGUUACAAUCCGAUUCCUAGUUAUAUUUGUUUCUGGUUAGACUAAUAUUGAUUUUACAUAUUAUUAUCAACGGAUCAUAUAUAAGCUUUCUUUAUAACGACCGAACCUUUUUUUAGACAUGUUAACAGAUUUUAGUUUAUUUUAACUGACUUUCGUUUAAUGAUCCUCGCCAUACCUCUGUUCAUUUUAUGUAUUGACAAACAAAUGUAUUUUAGCAUCUUAAUGUCCAAAUAUUGCAUUUUAUUAUUACAAUCAUAAUUGUUUUAUCUAUUACG